AUGGCUCAUAAGCAGGAUCCUCCUGUUAGUAUGAGCAGGCAGUGCUUGGCUACCAAGCGUUGGCUUGCGAAGCCAGGCUAUUUCAGAGUUCAAGAUAUGCAAAAUGCAAAGGCAUGUGUUCGGAUGGCCAAUACCACUCCUGAGGUCAACAAUGGAUCUAUACUUACCAUGGAGAGUGACCUCCCUUGUUCCUGCAAUUCGCUAACCCUGCAAGACAUCAAGAACAUGGCCAACUGCUGGCAAAAGGGGUGGGUUGAGAAGUCUGAGCAUUUGUGGGAUGGUGCAUAUGAGAAACUGCUUGAAGAGGUCAAAUUCUUCGAAGUUAAAGUAGCUAACAGUAAAACUAAGUAG